AUGCCAGGCACUGUUUCUGCGGACAAGGUGCACCGGGAAUUACUCAAAUUUAUAACAGACGGCUCAUUCCCGGAAUCGGAAUCCAUAACCGAGGCGGAAUACCCUGUGCCAGCUCUUCCCGUUGGACUUGAGCAGAUAUCGGAGGCAAGACAGAAGGUCGAGAAAGAGAUUUGUGCCCUGAGCCAGGAUAAGGCUUCUGAAGUUGAUGAGUGGAUACUCCGGGCAAAGCAGCUUCACGAGGAUAUAGAGAGAUCGAAAUUAACAGCGAGAGAGAUUGUGAAGAAUUAUGAAAAAUCACAGGCUUUACGCAGCCAGGUUGACGAUACGGCAGCAAAGGUUGGACUUUUAAAGCGCGAAUCUGCCUUUACCCAGUCAUUAAGGGAGACGCUUGAGAAAGCUCGCGUUAUCGAUCAAAACAUAAAUGCUGCACGGGCUGCGGGCCAUGAACAUGAUCUAGAAACGGCGAUUCAAAAGGUCGAGGAGAUUUGCCGGGAUUUAGAACAGCUGGCACUGCCUCGGGACUCUAGCAUUAUCACUAUACUAACAGACAAAGCUUCCAGUGCCCGAAGAUCUAUAUGUGCUACACUACAGAACACAUGGAACGACUUGGUUUGCAUAGAAAAACCAGGAACACUCACUGUUAAUCCUGAUGGGAUAUCUGUGCUAGACCUACACUUGAAAUGGCUCUCAGAACUUGGAGUUUUAGAAACUACUCUCGCUUCUUUCCGGAAUGAAUUGUUGAAUCAUAUUUUGCAACCAAUUCUGUCUCCCCCUAGCGCUGGACCUUACAACCAGCUCUUUUAUGAUAAGAACUACAUUGGACUAAAGAGCCAGGAUGCAAAACCUACGAUACCAGAUGUUCUGAACUCAGUUUUAUCCCUCUUUACAUUUGUCAAAAACCACCUUCCAACCAAAGUAUUGGAACAAAUCUCCACAGCUCUCACCGUUUCAGCAUGCCAGCUACUCAUUUCUGAGUGGCUAUCGCCCGCAAUACCUGUAGCUGUCGAGGAUAUGAAUACUUUUGAGCGUGUAUCGGAAGAAGUUCUACGAUUUUCUAAGACCCUAGCUGAGCUUGGGUGGAAUGAACCUUCGGAGUUAGGAUCCUGGAUAAAUCAGAUACCUCGACUGUGGCUAUCCCGACGACGUGCUCAUGCUCUAGAUCGAGCUCGAUGGAUUGUUUAUCAUAAUUGUGGAGAAUAUGAAAAGGCAGAGAGGAUAGAGAAACAGCAAGUUUCGCAGUCGGAUGGAAUCUUCCAGGGGAAUCAUGCAGACGCAGAUGUUGAGGACGGCUGGAACGCUAACUGGGAAGACGAUAAUGACGAAGCAGAUAAAAGUGCCAGUAAGGCUGGAGCAGCAUAUUAUGAGGACGAAGAUGUAAGUGCUUGGGGCUUAGAUGACGAAGAAGAUAACGCAGAGCUAGAGGAGGAAGCUAGUAAAGGAAAUGAAGAAGAUGAUGAUGUCGAUGACGCUUGGGGAUGGGGUGCGGAUGAAAGUAAUGAUAAUCCACCUGAGGAAAAGUCACAAUCCAUCCAGAAAACAUCCAAAUCAGAGGAGGAUAACCUACUGCGGUCGGCUCCAAAGGAACUUAUUCUCAGGGAAUUUUAUACUGUUACGAGAGUACCAGAUGCCAUUGUUGAAAUAAUAAGAGAUCAAAUGUCUGACUCUGAGCGCCUUAAACGACCGGAAUACUCAUCGUGUCAGAUUUCUACAUCUGCAGCAGCGCUCUUAGGAAUACCAACCUUAGUCGUCGCCAUGUUCAAAGCUAUGGCGCCUGUCUUCUACGCCCAAAAAUCUGCUUCUAGCCACAUGUAUCUCUACAACGACAGUAUCUACUUAGCUGAGAGAUUACGUGCUUUAUCUGAAGAACAUGAAUUUUCGAGGUUAGGGACCGAUAUACGCUCAAUCGAAAGGUUCGGGAGGUUAUCGUACGGAAGAGAGAUGCAUUCCCAACGAACCAUACUUACCGAUCUUCUUGACGGUUGCCAGGGGUUCUCAAGCUGUAAUACCCAGCCUUAUCUCGGAGAAUGUGAAAGAGCAAUAAAGGCUACGGCAGACAGAGUCAGGAACUUGCACAGCGAAUGGAAAUUAAUACUCUCCCCCUCUGUGCUGCUGCAAUCUAUUGGCUCUCUUCUCGCAACGGGCAUAAACAAGAUCAUUCUAGACAUUGAGGACCUUGGUGAUAUUUCAGACCCAGAAUCACAGCGUCUAGCAGGAUUUUGCAGUGUUAUAUCGAAACUUGAAGAAUUGUUCUUACCCGACACGGAAGAAGGAAAUAGAGAAACCGAGGACCGACCCAUUGCCAUGACAGCUAUCUAUGUCCCGAACUGGCUGAAGUUCCAAUAUCUGAUGAAUAUAUUAGAGAGCUCGCUGGCAGAUAUAAAGUUUUUGUGGACUGAGGGUGAACUGAAGCUAGAGUUCUCUCCUGAUGAGUUGAUAGAUCUGAUCAAGGCGCUAUUCGCGGACUCAGAGCAUAGGCGGAAGGCAAUAAUAGAGAUUCGAAACUCUGCAUAA